AGGAGCCCCCGGGUCGGGGUCCCGCUCCGGGCCGGGGAGGAGCCCCCGGGUCGGCGUCCCGCUCCGGGCCGGGGAGGAGCCCCCGGGUCGGGGUCCCGCUCCGGGCCGGGGAGGAGCCCCCGGGUCCGGGCCCGGGCCGGGGAGGAGCCCCUGGGUCCGACUUCCGGCUACACUCUGGCUGCUUCGGGUAGACUUCCGGCGGGAGGAGUGGCGGAAAUCUGGCGGAGAAAUGUACCGGGAAUUGGCAGCGUCCAAAUGGGUUGCUGGUCGACUGGGUUCAGGAGCUAGGCUAAACCCCAGCUUCAUAUUCCAAUAUCUGGAGAGACAGCAAAAAUCAUGCAGCUACAACAAAAGAAAACAGCCCAAUUGUGUUCAUACUCUGAGACCAUUAUGGACAGGCCACGACUGUCUCAAGAGACAAAUUUUUGGGAGGACAAUUCCAUGGAAGAACGUACCUCGCUUACCUCUCUGUUUAAUGUGCAACAGUUUGGUAAGAACUUACCUCACAAAAUCAUAUCCGGUUUUAAAUGGAAAUCUUCAUCCAAUUCACCAACAUGUUUUUGAAUCUAAUUUACUCAACAGUAUGGUCUAUGGUAAGAGAUAUUUGGAGCUGAUGGAGCAGGUAACAAAGGGUGGAGGUGAAAAAGCAAUUCUGAGGCACACCCAGAGGAAUAAAAAACUGCUGGUCCGUGAGCGUUUGCAGUUGCUUCUGGACAAUGAGGAGAUCCUGGAACUGUCUCCCUUUGCUGGUCUGGGAUUGCCAUAUGGAGAUAUUCCUGCUGCAGGCUGCUUAACUGGAAUAGGGAAAAUCAAUGGAGUUUGGUGCGUAUUCAUUGCUAAUGAUGCAACAAUCAAAGGAGGGACAGCUUACCCAAUUACAGUGAAGAAGCAGCUGAGAGCUCAGAACAUUGCAAUUCAAAAUGGACUGCCUUGCAUAUACUUGGUGGAUAGUGGGGGAGCAUUUUUACCACUUCAGGGAGAGAUAUUUCCUGAUAAGAACCAUGGAGGUAGAAUGUUCUACAAUGAAGCGGUGAUGUCUGCAUUGGGCAUCCCUCAGGUGGCAGUUGUGUGUGGUUCAUGCACAGCUGGUGGGGCGUACAUCCCAACAAUGGCAGAAGAAACGGUGAUGGUGGACAGGAUUGGGACAAUAUUCCUUGCUGGACCCCCACUUGUUAAAGCAGCAACAGGGGAAAAUGUUAGCCCUGAAGAACUGGGAGGUGCAACUCUACAUGCAAAGGUUAGCGGAUGCAUUGAUCAUUUUGCAGCUACGGAGGAAGAAGCGUAUGAAUGUGUCAGGAAUAUCAUAGCCACUUUAAACUUUGAUCUUUCACCACACAAGAUAACUGACUUUGAAGAGCCUCUCUACGCAGCUGAAGAACUGAAUGGUCUUGCCCCAAAGGAUUAUGCGCAUACCUUAAAUAUCAAACUGGUUCUGAGUCGUUUGACAGAUGGAAGUAGAUUCCUGGAGUUUAAAGCUUUGUAUGGGACCACACUGGUAACUGGCUUUGCUCAGAUUAAAAGUCAUCUUGUUGGAAUUGUGGCUAACAAUGGAGAACUCACUCAUAAUGCCUCACUAAAAGGCAGCCAUUUUGUGCAGCUUUGUGACCAGAGAGACAUUCCUAUCAUAUUUCUUCAAAACACAAGACCAAAUGUAACCAUGGCAGGAACAAUAUCCAAGGCUGAAGACGUUACAAAUCAACUUAAGGCUCAAGGCUCCAUGAUAUCAACUGUGGCAUGUGCCACUGUUCCCAAGAUAACCAUUAUAAUAGGAGGUUGCUAUGGUGCUGAAAGUUUUCCUAUGUGUGGUAGAUCAUUUGAUCCGAACUUCCUUUUUCUAUGGCCCAAUGCCAGGAUUGGACUAGUUGGUCCAAAUUACUGCCCAGAGAUCCAGGAAGCUGAUGGAGAAAUCCAAGACAAGGCACAGCUGAAGAUCAUGAAAGAAACGCUGGCGAAUGAGAGCUCUGCUUUUCAUUCCUCUUCCAGGGUUUGGGAUGAUGGUGUUAUACUGCCUAAGGACACUCGGAUGGUAAUAGGGCAGUGUUUAAAUAUCAUCAAACAGAAACCUCGGCUUCAUUCACAACCAGAAAGACAUUCUGUUCUGAGAAUGUAAACUCAGAAAUUGGUGCAAUCCAUCAACUCAACCUCUAAAUUUAAGCAGCUGCUGUAAAAAGAACAAAAAGAAUGGACUCAAAAUUUAUUUCUAGUGAUUAAGAAUGGCAGAGCAACCUCAGUGCGCUGAAAGGCCCAGUCCAGUUCAUUUAUUCUUAAGUGCCUAAUUAAAAAUAAACAAAUCAUCUUGAUCUACAGAGUUUCUGUUUCUUUACUGGGAAAAUAGUGCCUGACAAGCAGCAACAACUGAAGCACUGGGUAGUCCAAACUAUUCAAGGUUUCAGUAUUGGAGAAUGGAGUCAUGUUUAACUUUCACGAUGGCAGUGAUUGUUGCAAAUACCAUAAUGUCAGGUAGACCACAACUGCAAUCAGCUGUAACACAUUUGCAUUAACAAUGUGUGUUAAUUCCAACCUCAAAAGAACAGCUCCUGCACAGUGUGAUCUAAAUGAAGAAACCUUCAAUAAUCUGAGCGAGUUUAAACCCAAGGACAGUGGAAUAACCCCAGUUUAUAAAUUGUCAGUCUGAAUGUCUUCAAGCAUUUGCCAAAUGUCUCUCAUCUCUGUUUAUUCGUUUAAUUAUUUGUAAUGAUGCUGCAAACGUUGGAGAUUCUAAAGCAAUAGUAAUUGUUAUCACUGCCCUAGUAAAGUGCUUUACCAAGUAUUCUAGGACAGAUUUUUCAAUGCAAAAAUGAAAAGACAUCCUAGAAUAUUCACCAUUAAGUUACUUCUUCCGUUAUGGUUCAAAGCAUGAAGGGCAAUGAACUGAAUAAGAAAGGAAUUCUCAAUGCCAGAUCACAUAACAGGCUAUUAUUCCCCUAAAAGAUGAGUUGCCAAUGCAUUAAUCAUGCUAUUUCCCCAAUCCAAUUGUCUCCCAUUCUCUACUGAAGGCACUGUCUCAGAGUACCAUUCCAUGGCCACCCGGUGCGGAAGGGGGUGGGAAGGAGGAGGACCUCCUCGUGAACCUGCUCCUGGGCCUGGCCAAGUUGGCUAUUAACAGGUCCAGGCAGCGGGCGAUCGACGGGGGAGUCCUGCCCGAUUGUUUAUCCCUCUUCCGUGGCUACGUUCGCAGCCGGGUGUCCUUGGAGAGGGAGCACGCGGUGUCUGCCGGCACACUCGAGGCCUUCCGUGCUCGGUGGGCACCACGGGGACUGGGGUGUUUUGUUGACCCCUUUAAUCACAUUUUGAUUUAAAGUUUGUAAGUUUCCUUUAAACUUCGUUCUUGGUUUUACAGCUGACCUGAAUUAGGGGCUGUGCCUGAUUUAUCCCAAUUUUGUUAAUUUAGUUUAAUUGUUUUGACUCUAUAAGAGUUACCAUUCCAUGGCUGCUGUAUGCACACAACUGGCUAUUCUUUUUGAAUUCAUAUUCUGAACAUGGAUAAUUCAUUCUUAGUUGCACUGACAACCCAGUGGCUUGUUAGGCCACUGCAGAGGGCAUUAAGAGUCAAUCGUGUAAUGUAGGAUUGGAGUCACAUGUAGAUCAUACUGCAUACUGUGGGAUAAUAGGUUCCUUCUUUGAACAAUAUUAGUGCAUCAGUUGGGAUUUUAUGACAAUCUGGAAAUUUUCAUGGUCACUUUUCCUAAUGGCAUCCCACUAAAAUAUCAGAUAUAUUUAAUUCAGUUUCACAACUUGCCAUGGUAGAAUUUGAAUUCACUACCUCUGGGUUGAUACCACAAGCCUACUAUGAUAUCCCUUAUGUGUGAUUCACAUUUGAAUAGACAGCCAACAUUCACUUGUCAGGUUCACAAUUAUAGCAUGACAACAUGGAUGAAAUACUGAAGGGUAUCAAGCACAUCUGGAGGAUAUGUCAGCCCAAGAGGGAAAAAUUGUGUAGAAAUAAUUGUAAACAUAACAAAGUGAAUCUUGUCCUGGUUUCUCAAUUCUAUAUUGUUUUUUUGCCAAUCUGGAAAUACUGCUUAAUUGCUAAUUUUGCAUCUUGUUUUCACUUUUGUGCAAUAUGGAAUGUUUGUUUUUGCUGAAUUACUGUAUGUACUGUCACUGAAUGAAAAUAAAGAUCUUUAGCCUCAUAUUAGAUAUGAAAGAGCACUUAUCUAAGUAAAUAAGGUACAUCAGUAUUAUGACAACAGAAUGGCUUAUGACAAGAGAAAUUAAAGUAUCAUUAAAUACA